UUGUCUCCACUGUAUUUUGUGGAAUCUCUAUUCGAGAAACCCGUGGAUUGCAUCUCGCAAAAGAAAGAAAAAGUGGGUAUCGCUAUACUCACAGUUACACAUCCUCCCGGCACAGCUACUCCUACUCCCGCGAAAAUGGACCCCAAUGUCGACCUGUUCGCUGGAAUGAAGAAGAAGAAGAAGAAGGUUACCGUUGCCGACGCUGAAGAGACUCCCGAGCCAUCCCCCGCCCCCGCCCCUGCGCCUGUUGAUGACACUCCCGCUCCGGUCGCUGAGGCCGUGGCUGAGGUUGAGGUUGAAGCUCCUGUCGCCACCCCCGAGCCUAGCACAGAGAAGCCUGCAGAGGACAGUGGCGAUCUGUUCACCGACUUGAAAAAGAAGAAGAAGAAGAAGAAGGAUAUCCCUCUUGACCUUGAAUCUGCCGAGCCCUCUGCCACUGUUGACGGUCUUGACGUGCCCAUGAAGAAGAAAAAGUCCAAGAAGACUACGGAUUUUUCGAAAGAACUGCAAGACCUCGACGCUGAGCAGCAUCACGAAAAUGCGGAUAUUGAGGGUGACCUCGGAGACGACGUGUUCCAGAAAUCUGGCGAGGGAGAGACGAGCGAGUCGGGCAAGGAAGCUUGGGUUGUCGAGAACCGAGACCCUACGUACCCCGAACUGCUUAAGCGGUUCUUCAACCUCUUACACGCCCACAAUCCGGAACUUGCUGGUGAGAAGAGACGAUACACCAUCGUUCCUCCUCAAGUCGCUCGAGAAGGUACAAAGAAGACUCUUUUCGCCAACAUUACCGAUAUCUGCAGGAGGAUGCGAAGACAGCCGGAGCACGUUAUUCAGUUCUUGUACUCUGAAUUGGGUACGACCGGAAGUGUGGACGGUGCGCAGAGAUUGGUGAUGAAGGGAAGAUAUACACAAAAACAGAUUGAGAACGUGUUGAGAAAGUAUAUCGUGGAGUAUGUCACAUGCAAGAUUUGCAAGUCUCCCGACACUAUUCUCGACAAGGAGAACCGACUGUACUUUAUGACCUGCGAGUCGUGUGGAUCUCGACGAUCCGUGUCUGCAAUCAAGACUGGUUUCCAGGCGCAAAUUGGAAAGAGGAUCAAGGCGGCGUAGGCUAGAGAAGGGUUUAGAUGUGUUAUAUGUAUAUUAUGCAUUCAGACGUGGUCUGCUGUGCUUUGAAUGUGCU